AUGGACAGCAGCCAGCAAUUCACCAAUCUGUCCUCCCAAUCAUUGAGCUCAACCGAUGCCGACUCCGAAGUCAACCCAAGCCCCGACCAAAGUCAAACCUCCCAAUCAACAAACUCGAACCAUGCUAACUCCGAAGUCAACCCGAGCCUCGAACAAAUCCCGACCACCGAUUCGGUGUACAACACCAUCAAUGCAAGGUUGCUGUCGAGUUUGCAUGCUAAUCGGGUCCACGCCCGCACGGAGUCCAUUUACAAGCACGAUUAUUGCUUGAGCAUUAGGAGCCGCGUGAGGUUCGGGUGUUUCCAUGUGUGCUUUGUGGCCACCGAGAGGAUGCGCCGAGGAGGUCCGAACAUAAUUAAGUACGGUUGGUAUGGUGCGUCGAAAAGCGAGAUUAACAAGAUUCUUGCGCACGGAUUCGGGCUCCCGACAAGCAAUAACCGGGUUUCUCCGCGUGGUGUUUAUUUCAACUCUCUCGAGCAAGCAAUAAACGGUUUGGAGUCUUCGAUUGCGGAUGAGGAAGGCGUGAAGCAUAUGUUGCUCUGUCGUUUGUUAAUGGGAAACAUGGAGGUCGUCAAUCCUUUCUCCGGGCAAGAGAAUCCGAGUUCUGAAGCAUUCGACAAUGGGGUGGAUGAUCUCACCCAUCCCAAGAAGUAUCUCGUCUGGCACACCAAGAUGAAUACUCACGUGCUGCCUGACUUCGUCGUCAGUUUCCGAACAUCUCCGUGCACCGGCGGUAAGAGUUAUGUAAAAGUUAUGCAAUCAAUAGAAAACAUUAACAACAUAUGA